UCCCUCCUCCUCCUCGUCCUCGCUAUCUAUUCCUUCUUCCCAUCGCUCGCCUUCCACAUCGCAACCCAACGUCCCAACCUCUCAAACACAACCAAACCAAAAAGGUAGCCAAGAAACCAAACCAAGGCAACAAAUUACCAAGCAGCAGUAUCAGAAGAAGCUCGGCUGGCAAUGGCGUCGGACCUGGGCUUCGAGGCGACCGAGCUCCGGCUCGGCCUGCCCGGCGGCGGUGGCGGCGAGGGAGGAGACCAGGCGAGGGGCGGCAAGAGGGUUUUCGCCGAGACCAUCGACCUGAAGCUGAAGUUGGAGCCGGCUGGCGAGCAGGCGGCGGCAGAGGAUCGUCGGGCCGACGUGGUCGCGGCCGCGGCCGUGAAGGAGGAGCAGGAGGAGGUGGUGGUUUCCGACGCCGGCGGGAAGAUGAAGAGGUCCCCGAGCCAGAGCAGCGUCAUCACCGCCGCCGCCAUGCCCGACCCCGCCGAGAAGCCGCGCGCGCCCAAGGCGCAAGUGGUUGGCUGGCCACCGGUUAGGUCGUUCCGGAAGAACAUCCUGGCGGAGAAGUCGUCGCCGGCCGCGGCAUUCGUGAAGGUGAGCAUGGACGGCGCCCCAUACCUGCGCAAGGUGGACCUCAACAUGUACAAGACCUACCAGGACCUCUCCAAGGCGCUCGAGAAGAUGUUCAGCUCCUUCACCAUCGGAAACUGUGGAUCUCAAGGGAUGAACGGCAUGAACGAGAGCAAGCUGAUGGAUCUGCUCAACGGAUCCGAGUACGUCCCGACGUACGAGGACAAGGAUGGUGACUGGAUGCUUGUCGGUGAUGUCCCGUGGGAAAUGUUCGUCGAGUCAUGCAAGCGCCUCCGGAUAAUGAAAGGAUCAGAAGCUAUUGGCCUUGCACCAAGGGCGAUGGAGAAGUGCAAGAACAGAAGCUGAGGAGAGCGUGAACUGAAUGAGAUGCAAGAAUCAAAAUAUAUAUGACUUUGCUUGCUCAUCCCUGUAUCAUAUCCCCUAUCCUAAGUCUGUAUCUUCUGAUCAGUGAAGUCAUUUUGGUUUGUGAUAUUUUCUGGUCCGGUCAGUCAGUCUCAAGUCUCAUACUUGUCAUAUACAUAAGAAAGAAGAAGCCAAGAACAAGUGUGUUGUAUCUCUACCUGUCUGUGACAUAACUGUCUCUCUUUUUGUUUUGCUCUAUCUGUUCAUCCUUUUUUUUCUUCUUCUUCUUAUGUCUCUUCUUGGCGCAAAAUGCAAAGGCACCUUAUUAAUUUCCCCCGUUGCAGUUUGUCCAGCAAAAGUUGUUUAAUUAUCAUCAUGGUGUAUCAACAGAACAAAUAUUUACUCUAAGGUGUUAAAUGUUAAUUGUAUUGUAUUA